AUGCAAGACGUCUCGUCAAGCCAGAGCAGGGUCAUCUUGCCUCUAAGCAAGCCCUCCGCACCAGAACCCGCGGAUAAAUCUGUAUUCCUCGCCGGAACGACCAGCAAGAGAGAUUGGCGCAAAGAUCUGAUUGAAUCUAUCGCCCAUCUGCCUAUCACCAUUUUCAACCCCUUUCGGCCCGACUGGGACAGCACAUGGAGGGAAGACAUGUCGGACACGAGGUUCAAGGAGCAGGUCGAGUGGGAACUGGAGAUGCAGGAGCGCGCAAGCAUCGUCAUUGUCUACUUUGAGCCUGGGACAGAAGCCCACAUCAGCUUACUCGAGUUGGGGUUGUGCGCGCGGUCUGGGAAGGCCAUCGUCGCUUGUCCUGAGGGCUACAAGAAGAGGGGCAAUGUCCAGGUGGUGUGCGCUAGGUUCGGUGUUCCGUUAUUGGAGAGCUAUGAAGACCUGCGUGAUGAGUUGGUUCGGAGGCUAGAGAACUAA